UCAUUCAUUUCACCCUUAUAUUGACCACUGCAAUGGGGUUCUUACACAGAACAGUCUUUUCAGUACUCUGCUCUGCUCUCAAGGUCUCAACCUUGUCUGGGACACAUUUGGCCUUGGCUUUGUCAGCCAGUCCCUGCUCCUUCCAGACCCAGACCCAGACACACACACACACACACACACACACACACUUUUCUGGUACUUCCUUCCCCUUGCUGGCUGACUUAUAUGGAGUAACUUCAGCUGAGCUGUGAGACAGACAGUUCUGGUCCUCAGAGUCAGACAACAGGCCAGGCGGUAAGUCAGCUCAGCUCAGCCUGAUCCUCAUUCCCACAAACAUCUGAUUUGAGCUCCUUGGAGGAUCUCAUUUAAAGGGAUUGUUUUCUAGUUCUCCUCAUUUGCAUGCUUUACAGAAGCAUGCACACAGAAUUUAAUAGCUCUUAUAUACUACUACACAUUUUCAAAAGCUUGACAAUAUUUAGAAUUUUCAUUUCAUACUGACUGCAUCAUUGCAUCAUAUUGUGAAUGCUGUGUAUGAUGGUUGCAUUUGUGUUUCUGACAGAUAUCCCUGCUAACAUUUGAGGAGAAGAUGGAAUCAACAGCUUCUGAUUAUAACUAUACUUAUGACGAUAACAAUGAGAAGCCGGUUGAACCAUGUAGUAGUGAUGGUGAAAACUUACUGGGAGCUCAACUGUCCACCAUUUACUACUUCAUGUUUCUCUUCAGUCUCUUUGGCAACGGGCUGGUCCUGGUCAUCAUCCAUCGGUUUGAGAAGCUGACCACUGUGACCAACAUCUUGCUGCUGAACCUAGUGGUGUCCUCCCUGAUGUUCAUGAGCAGUCUUCCCUUCGUGGGAGUCUACAAGCAGCUCUCCUACUGGAUCUUUGGCGAAGUAAUGUGCAAGAUUGUAGGCAGUGUCUACUACCUGGGCCUCUACAGUUCUGUUCUGUUUCUAACUCUCCUGACCUUCGACCGACACCUUGCUGUCGUUUACUCCUUGCGUGCGUCGCAAGUGAGGAAUCAACGCUAUGCGCUGCUCUCCUGUGCUGUGGUGUGGCUGGUCAGUGGUCUGGCGUGCAUCCCAAAGAUGAUUCUCCACAAAACUUUUUCUACUCUCAUCGACAAUAAAAUGUUCUGUCAGGAACAUCCUGGUAACACAAUGUCUAUUGAUGACAAGCUAAGAGCAUCUGGAUUUUACCUUCAACUUUUCCUUUUCUUGCUCUUUCCUCUGAUUGUUAUUGUGUACUGCUAUGUUAGGAUUGCUAUCACUGUCAUAUCAUCCAAGAUAGUUACCAGGUUCAAGACAGUCAGGCUGAUAUUUGUCAUUGUCCUGUUGUUUUUUAUAUGCUGGACCCCAUUUAACAUUGUAGAACUGAUUCAUGAUGAUGAUGAUGAUGAUAACCCGUCCUGUGAUGAAAAGAAGAAGAGGGGUUAUGCACGUGAAGUCACUCAUGACAUUGCUUACAUUUACUUCUGCAUCAGUCCCAUCUUCUAUACAUUUGUUGGUAAAAAGUUCCAGAGCUACUUCAGACAGCUGCUGGUGAAACGCUUCCCAGGGUUAAAGAAGCAUAUUUCUGUCAGUCAGGUCAGCAGAACCAAUAUGUCCACAAAAAGUACACAGAAAAGUAUAGAGUUGAGUUGAGUUUUAGGGUUUGGAACUCCUUUGUAUCUCAGGACUGCCAUGUGCUCAACAAACCAUGGUUUUACAGCAACUGAAGGAAGAGAGAGAACAUGUUUUGAAAGUUUGUUGUCCAGCACAAAACAAAGCUGCUACCUCAUCAUCAUGCACAUUUUAUCAAGACAUAUGUAAAUGUGGACAGAAGAGGUAUGUUUAGCUCAGCUACAGGAAGAGAUGGAUCCUUACAGAAAAGCGCACCAUAUCUUCUUUGAAUAUACAGUAAAGACUUUUUGUCAACUACAUGAGCUUGAUUUUCCUGUGAUUUUUAAGGUUUUAUUAAGGUUUCAUUAAGGUUCAUUUACAAACUAGUUUGGGAGACCUUCUGUCUUCUAGUUGUCAGAUGUUGAUAAACAAAGCUCUGCAUUUAAAGUUGAGUAACUCCAUUUGCAAGAACAAAUCUAAUAAUCUAACAUCUGCCAUAACCCCAUUUUCAAAGUAUUCACGCCUGUGCCUUUAUAUGUGUCAGACCACACUUAGUUAUGCACUGCAGUGCCACAAUCAUGAUUUAUUUUAUACAGUGUUCUCUCAAAUUUUGCAUCCAAUAUUACAGUUAACUGCAUCACCUCUGUGUGACAGAAUGUAAAAGUUGGGCUGCUGAACAAAGUUAAGGGGGAAGGGAUCCAUAGUUCCUUAAUCCUUACAUAGUUGAGCAAAUGUUAAAACUCUUCGUAAAGGACUUUUGGAUGUGAUACAAAAGUGUUUUGCUCUGUAUUUUCGCCAUACAGCCUAAACUCUCAUUUGUAAUGGCUAUCUGUAUCUCUGACAGCUUUUCAUGACUUCACUUAAUUUGGAUUAUUUCUAAAAUGUCAGUAUAGUGUGUAAAAAAAAAAAAAAGUUUAGAAGUCUGGCUUGUAGUUCUUCUCAAGGCUGAUUAAGUGUAAGAAUUUACAUUAUGAUAAGAGCACUUUGUUGAACACCAGACAGUGGAGCUUUAGCUGCAUCCAUCCAAAGUCCAAAACAAUGAAUCAAGCAUGUAUAAUCAUUGUCCAGUCAUUUUCCAUGCCUGUAAGUAUAUCUGCUCUGAUUUUUGGUUUGGUUGGUUUAAUCUUGUGUUUAUGGGUUUUUUUUUAUUAUUGUGUGUAUAAUGAAUUAUGUCCUUUAAAAAGAAAUUUGAUAUUUUACAUGGAUGAUUCAUUCUUUGUUAUGUUUCAUAUGAAGAACUUUUUACUUGGAAAUAAAACAGUGAAAAAGCAGCACCAAAAAGGGAGUUAAAAGCUUAAUGGUUUGUUGGGUUUUGUUUGGUUUGUGUGUUUGUCUAAAUCCAAACUAUUUAAUUAAAUCAACCCUUUUAAAUCA